GGCUCAGGCUGCUCCAGGCCAGCGCGCAAGCUCAGCCUGUUUGCUCCAGUGAGAUGGCAGGGGGUGAUUCUAAAAAUUACUGCCACUAGGGUUUGUCAGGCGGCUGCUGGUGACUCCUCAGUGGGUUUCCCUUCUCCCGCCGCCCUCCCUUUCUCUCCACAGAUCACCUCCCCAAAGGAGUCUGCUGUUAAACCUUCCCCAUUACCAGCGGGCUCUCACUUCACACCGGGAGAGAGAAGCUGGGACCGCAACUACCAACUCGUGCCGACUGGAUCCUAGGUGAGCCGUUGACUGUGACAGCACUGUGGCUAACAUGGCACCCAAAAAGAAGACUAUCAAGAAGAACAAAGCAGAGAUCAACGAGAUGACCAUCAUUGUAGAAGACAGCUCCCUAAGCAAGCUGAAUGCUCUAAAUGGGCUUCUGGAGGGAAGCAACAGCCUUAGCUGUGUUUCUUCCGAACUAACAGACACUUCUUAUAGCCCCAACCUCCUCGAAGGUUUAAGUAAAAUGCGGCAAGAGAGCUUUCUAUGUGACUUAGUCAUCGGUACCAAAACCAAGUCCUUUGAUGUCCAUAAAUCAGUGAUGGCUUCAUGCAGCGAGUAUUUUUAUAACAUCCUUAAAAAUGAUCCAUCCACGAAAAGGGUAGACCUCAAUGAUAUCGCCCCUUUGGGGCUAGCCACAGUGAUCGCGUAUGCUUACACGGGAAAGCUGACCCUUUCUUUAUACACAAUAGGAAGCAUCAUUUCUGCUGCUGUGUACCUCCAGAUCCACACCCUUGUAAAGAUGUGCAGCGAUUUUCUGAUCCGAGAGAUCAGUGUGGAGAAUUGCAUGUACGUGGUUAACAUUGCGGAGACCUACUGCUUGAAAAACGCAAAGGCAACAGCCCAGAAAUUCAUCCGGGAUAACUUCAUCGAAUUUGCAGAAUCCGAUCAAUUUAUGAAGCUUACGUUUGAACAGAUUAACGAGCUUCUCGUAGACGACGACUUACAAUUGCCUUCUGAGCUCGUAGCAUUCCAGAUCGCAAUGAAAUGGUUAGAAUUCGACCAAAAGAGAGUGAAGCACGCGGCAGAUCUUCUAAGCAACAUUCGCUUUGGUACCAUCUCUGCACAAGACCUGGUCAAUUAUGUUCAAACCGUACCGAGGAUGAUGCAAGACGCUGAUUGUCAUAAACUGCUUGUGGACGCCAUGAACUAUCACUUACUCCCUUAUCAUCAAAACACACUGCAAUCUAGGCGCACAAGAAUUAGAGGCGGCUGCCGAGUUCUGAUCACUGUUGGGGGACGCCCUGGCCUGACUGAGAAGUCCCUUAGUAGAGACAUUUUAUAUAGAGACCCUGAAAAUGGAUGGAGCAAGCUUACAGAAAUGCCAGCCAAGAGUUUUAAUCAGUGUGUGGCUGUGAUGGAUGGAUUCCUUUAUGUAGCAGGUGGUGAGGACCAGAAUGACGCAAGAAACCAAGCCAAGCAUGCAGUCAGCAAUUUCUGCAGGUACGAUCCCCGCUUCAACACCUGGAUUCACUUGGGCAGCAUGAUCCAGAAGCGCACGCACUUCAGCCUGAGCGUGUUCAACGGGCUGCUGUACGCGGUGGGCGGCCGUAACUCCGAGGGCAGCCUGGCUUCGCUGGAGUGCUACGUGCCCUCCACCAACCAGUGGCAGCCCAAAGCGCCGCUCGAGGUGGCGCGCUGCUGCCACGCCAGCGCCGUGGCCGACGGCCGCGUGAUCGUGACCGGCGGCUACAUCGGCAGCGCGUACUCGCGCUCCGUGUGCGCCUACGACCCGGCGCUCGACGCGUGGCAGGAGCUGCCCCAGCUGAGCACACCCCGAGGCUGGCACUGCGCGGUGGCGCUGGGCGACAGGCUGUACGUGAUGGGGGGCAGCCAGCUGGGGCCGCGCGGGGAGCGCGUGGACGUGCUCACGGUGGAGAGCUUCAGUCCCGCAGCGCGCCAGUGGAGCUUCGUGGCGCCGCUGCCGGUGGGCGUGAGCACGGCGGGUGUCUCGGCGCUGCACGGGCGAGCCUACCUGCUGGGCGGCUGGAACGAGGGGGAAAAGAAGUACAAGAAAUGCAUCCAGUGCUUCAACCCCGAGCUCAACGAGUGGACGGAGGACGACGAGCUGCCCGAGGCCACCGUGGGCGUGUCCUGCUGCACGCUGGCCAUGCCCAACAGCGUGUCCCGAGAGUCACGGGCCAGCUCGGUGUCCUCCGUGCCGGUCAGUAUCUGAACGCAUUGCUUCCCAAUGUGGUCAAACUGUGAGUGGGCCACCAGGAAAAUAUACACCAUUUAGUACAGUGAUGGUGGUUCAAAUCGAUCCAGAGGAGUGCCUGGACCGCUUUAAAUUCUUAGUUUGGCACCAUCUACCUCAGUCUUUCCCUCACCUUCCACCAAAAAAAAUAAAGGGCUGUAGUCAACAAAAGAAGCAAUUUCAUUAUGCAGCCACUGGGUGGCCACUGGAGUUUGUUACAGGCACUCUUCCAAGGAGGCUCGCUUCCUAAAUUCAUAGCAGUUACACACACGCUGAGAUUUUCCCACAGUGUACACGUGAAACCUACUCGUCUAUACAAUUUCCUAUCCAAAGGAGUAUUUUCCUCUCGUUUCUUUGAAGGAAGUUGAAAAUACCCACUUCACAUUUGCAAAUGAAAAUAGUCUACAUCUAUAAAGACUUAAUUCUAUAUUUCAACAGAAAAUUAUUCUUUCCCCCUACUUGACUGGAAAGAACUUUUAAAAAGAUCUCAUGAUAUAGCCACAAAGCUUUUAACAGGAUGUGGCUGGAAAGCUAUACAUUCUACCUAGGAAACGACAAGGUGACAGUUUGGGGUUAACGGUGUAUACCCCCUCAUUCUGUCCUUGAAGCUUCUGCCAUUUUCUAUCAUAAAAUCCUACUCUCAGAAAAGGAACAGUUUUCUGUCAUUUAAUUUAUAGUGUAAAUUAAAAUCAUUUGGCAUUUUUCUUAGAAAUAUUUCCACUUGUAUCUCUAAUCCUUAUAUAGAGAGAAUUUUGUUUUUCUUUUUUCUGGAUGGGCCUGGUACACACUAUUACUCUACCCGGGAGCUAACUACAUAUCCAGUCCUCGCUUUAUUUUAAUAUUUGAGACAUGGUUUCACUAAGUAGACCAGGCUAGCCUCAAACUCCCAGUGCCUCCUGAGUG